UUUAUGGAUAUUUUUUAGCAGUUACCAGACAAGCAGUGGAAUGACUUAUUUUUUUUGUUUGUUUGUUUAUUUAGUGUUGGUAUAAAUUGUCAGCCAUGCCUCUGAGUAAGGCUGAGAAGACAAUCUUACUUGCAGUAUGGGAGAGAAUUUCUCCAUAUAUAGAAGAAUUUGGUGCUCAGGCACUCACAAGAAUGUUCCGGUGUUUCCCUGAGACUAAGAUUUAUUUCCAUGAGAAGAACAUCGACCCUGGCUCUUCUUAUGUUCGUAACCAGGGUGGAAAGAUUGUUACUGCUAUUGGUACAGCUGUCCAGAAUGCUGAUAAUAUACAGGAGGCCCUUGCUGACCUCUGUUGUUUGCAUGCUUACAGAAUCAGAGUAGAUCCAGUUAAUUUCCAGAUUCUUGAUUUAUCUGUACGUCUCGGUCAACACGGAGGAAACAACUGCCAGAAGUUUAUCCCAUGCAAGCUGUACUUGGGGGGUGAACUCACCUUUAAAGUGAGCAGCCAGGAGAACCAAUAAACAAUGGGAGAUGUACUAAAGAAAAAAAAUAAAAAAAAGUAUUAAAACACAGGCAAACAGGAAUGAAGUACAAACAUCUCUACAAUGAAAUGAAGUCUGUUCCUAAGACAAACAAAAUUACUUCUGAAUCUUGAAUAAUCUGCUUUUGUUUUACAAUAGUUUAUCCUGAAAGAAAGCUGCUGCAAACUUUUUUAGUGCAAGUAAGAAAUGGAAAUUAUGUGAAAGCUAAUAUGUUAAAAUGGUCCUAUUUUGCUGAUAUAUAGGUUUCUGUGCAUUUCUUGAUGAGUUGUCCAAAUCCAAGUCUGCACUCAUUAAUUUCUACUGUGAUUUUCAAGCUGCGUGUCUCUUUUUUAAUUUAUAAUGAGUGUUUUCUAUAACUGCAGCUCAGUGUCAUAUGUUGAACGCAGCUCUUUUCAUAUGUGUGGAUUUGAAUAGGUACGCCAUGCUUGUGCCUGCUUCUUUAUGGUUUGCCACAGUUGUGGUCAGAAUCAAGCUUCUGUCGCCUCGCAAGGUCACUGCAACAGUUCUGAUGUCAAACUGUGGAGUAACAGUGACUUCAAGAAAAGUCAGGCUCAGCAAAUGCAUCAAACCCAUGAUGAUAGUGGCGAAAAAAAAGGAGCUGGUUUAUGAAAUCAAGGCUAACAAAGUGCUCACAAAAAUGUUGUUCAUUUUAACAAAUAAUGGACUAAAUGUGUAACACAAAUAUAUAAAAGAAAUUUAAACCACUUUUUGGGUCACAUACCAUGUAACUUAAUAAACAUAACAUCAAAAGGAGGCUCUCAGGGAUAGUUAAUUUAGUUUCAGCUUACCUUAAAGUUGUUAGG